AGUACCUGGUACUCCAGUUUCAAAAAAAUUAAAAACUUGGGAGUAAUUCAGGAGAGAGAGAAAGUGCAAUUCCAGCUACCCGAUCACUCAAGAUCCAAACCCAUUACCAAAUCCAUCAAUGGACGGCGUAGUUGUCGGCGCCAGCGGCAGAGGCGGUGUCGCCACAACCGGUGGCGGCGGAACAACUUUGUCGGAGGUUUACCAAAAUGCGAAGAAACUACAAUUGAAGAUUAGAGACUCCCUCGAAAGACUCGAACGCCUUGAAUCGUCCACCUCCACCGCCUCGCCGGAGUUCGCUUUUGAUGUCAAGAAGGAUAUCUCGAAUCUUCAUUCUCUUUGUAAUGAUAUGGAUCAUCUUUGGCGCUCUGUCGCGGUUAAAUCUCAGCGUGAUCUCUGGAAAAGAAAAGUUGAGCAAGUUGCUGAAGAGGCAUAUUCAUUGAAAGAAAGUUUAGACAAAUACUUUAUGAGAAAUCAAAGGCGGAUGCAGGAAGCAAAGGAGAGGGCUGAAUUGCUGGGAGGAGCUAACGGGGAAUCUUCUCAUGUCCUAAGAAUCUUUGAUGAUGAAGCACGAGCAAUGCAGUCAGCUCACAACUCUUCAAGGAUGCUGGAAGAUGCUUAUUCAACUGGGGUGGCCAUCCUUUCAAAGUUCGCUGAGCAAAGAGAAAGCAUGAAGAGUGCACAUCGAAAGUUACUUGACGUCCUGAAUACAGUGGGGCUCUCCAACUCGGUGCUUAGGUUGAUUGAGAGGCGGAAUCGUGUCGAUACUUGGAUAAAAUUCGCUGGAAUGAUCCUCACUUUUGUUGUCUUGAUUAUGUUGUGGCGGUGGAAACACUAACAAUCCCCAUUUGUGAUCUAUGAUGGAUACCCUAGUACCUUACUGUCUGAAUCUGCCCCUUGUGUGGAAAGACUGGGUAUCAUUGACGGUUAAUGUCACAAUUUGUGGAUACUGAAUGAUAAUAUUGUAAAAAGAUUGGUCUAAAGCAGUGAAAAUGAUUCAGGUCUCAGUAUAUGAGCUUUUGACAAUCCAUGGAAAUGUAAAUAGUUAUACGUUGUUUUAGGCUUCUUUUAACGGAAGUGGUGCUACAAAAAUUCUUAUACGUUGUUUUGUUGUAGUUUUUUGAAGCGUCAUUUUGUUGCAAAUCGGAAAUUAUUGGUUUGCGCCUUCA